AUGAUUAGGAAUCCAGAUUUUGACACAUUUGUUUGUUGUGCUGUUUGUUCAAAACUAAUUCCACCACCUCCUAGACCAGAGACCUUUGAGCGGAUUAGAGAAUACAAGCCUUACAAAACUCGGUAUUAUACACACAGAGAUAUAUUGGGUGAGUAGAUAGUUACUUUAUUUAAUUUUAGAUACUCACGCCUGUCCACCAAAAAGUCAAUAUAUCUGGUGCUCAGUUGUUUUCAUGCAGACAUUGAUCUCUCCGAUACACUUAAGGAGUAUCCAUACAUAUUACAGUAAUUACAGUUGCAGUAAUCCCCAUGUUAAACAGGAUAAGAGUAAAAUCUGGAGAAAAUGUAGAAAGAAGGCCACAAACACAAGCGGGUAGAGACCUUAGUUAGGUAAAAAUACUUCCGUCAGUUAGGGGAAGUGCUUUUAGCUUAUAAAAAGAUGUAAGUGUGUGAGAGACAUGAUGGAGAGUUUAUGAAAGUUUAGGAAGAGUAUAAUAAUUACUUGUCUCCCUGUCAACACAAUCAAUGUAGUCGCAUGACACUGGUUUGGGACAGACCAAAAGCAGUGCUUUGUACAAUGUCUAAUAUACGUAUGGAAUUUACUGCGGCCUCUAGAACCUUCAAAAAUUAUUUGUCAUGAAUACAUUUUUUCUUGAUAAAUAUGUUAAUGGAUGAAAGUUUGACCAGUCAUUUGAUUAGCUUGUCUUAAGAUCCGUGGGCAUGUUAGCAAGAGCCAGGACCCGCUGCCCUGUGUGGCGAAUCACCAGGGCUACAGGGUUUGGAGCAUUCCUAGACUCCCAAACUAUCCUGCUCAUUCAGCCACUGCUAUCCCACUGCCGUGGCUGAUGCUUGAUUUGUGACCACCGAUUACUGGUUCCUGCAUCUUGCUUCGCAGUGGCCAAAACCCAGUCUCUGACAAAAGCCCAGUACCACUUGAUGCCAUGUUCAUUAUCGCCCUAUAGUGCCAACUGCUGGAACUGCACCCUUACCACUGUGCUCCAUGUUGCAGCUGCUCAUGUAGGUGCCUGGUUGGUAUGGUCUUACUACGUGUGAAUCCUACAAAGGCUCUCCUGAAUGGGGCCAAUGCAUGCCAUCACUUCUAGGUGUAAGCCUGAUGUUAGUGCUUGCUUGUGUUCUGAUGUAGCUCACUUGGUAGAGCAUGAGACUCUUAAGCUCAGGGUCGUUGGUUCAAGCCCCACAUUGGGGGAAAGAUGCCUGCAUUGCAGGAGUUGAACUGGAUGACCCUAGUGGUCCCUUCCAGCUCUACAAUUCUAUAAUUCUAAGCAGUCAAAUCUGCUAGCAAGUUGAUCUGGGUAAUCAUUUUUUACGUACUGAAAUCAACCCAGGUCAUUAAAAAUGAUGGGGGUGCACCAGCCUUCAGGAAAUUAUACAUGGUUGAAUAAUAUUAAAUAAAAAUACCUUAAAUCUUAAAGCAUCUAUCUUAAAUGUUCAAGCAAAGGAACAGGUGGCAUGCGUAGUUUAUGUAUAACCUGUAGUGUUAUAUUCCCCAAUUUUUUUUAUUUUUUUGGCAUACGUAGAAUUGGGAGCUGACAUUAAGCAAGCAGAAGCAGAUAGAAGAGAAGCAGAAGUACAACAACGAAUUGAAAAAGUGCAAGCUAGACUAUUGCUUAAGGUACAACUGUUCUGCUGUCAUCGCAUUAUCCAGUCUGUUGCACUGGGGCCUUUCUGCGAAUAUUUACUGAUGUAUAAUGCAGACAGCAAAUUUUACAGAAAUAUGUGAUAUAUUGGGUGGGGAACCUGUGAAUCUCCAGAGGCUGAGGGGCUCCAGCUCCCAUCAGCCCUGGACAGCAUAGCCAAUGGACUCGGGGAUGAUGGGAAUUGCAGCCCAACAAUAUGGGCUAUAACUUGCCUAACCUUGCUAUAUAUGAUUACAUGAGUUUUAUAAGUUUUACAAUGUUUUGCUUUUCAUGUUUAUUUUGUAAUCCACCCUUUCAAGACUAUAUUCUUCAAUGUGGGAUAUAAAUAUUUAUUUACAUAAUAAAAUAAUUGAAUAAAAAUACCAUUGUAUGGAUCAGUUCUGUAUUUAUCUUUCUGAUGUCUUAAUUUAGGUAUCUAACUCACCAGUGUUACAGAUCAGGGUUCAGAUUUGCUCAUUAGCAACUCAGUAUGGCAGGGAAUAAAGCAUAAGCCAGUGCCAAAGACCACAGACUCUAAAUUGAACCAAAUCAAUUGAUUUAUCGGUACUACAGUGUUUCAUUUAAGGCAUGUUAUUGUCUUCAUGUAGAAGAUAGAUAUUUUGAAAUUAGAGCAACUUAAAGAUACUGUAGAGCGGGGACGCGGGUGGCGCUGUGGGUAAAACCUCAGCGCCUAGGACUUGCCGAUCGCAUGGUCGGCGGUUCGAAUCCCCGCGGCAGGGUGAGCUCCCGCCGUUCGGUCCCAGCUCCUGCCCACCUAGCAGUUCGAAGCACCUUUAAGUGCAAGUAGAUAAAUAGGUACCGCUUUAUAGCGGGAAGGUAAACGGCGUUUCCGUGUGCUGCUCUGGUGCCGGUUUGCCGGAGCAGCUUUGUCACGCUGGCCACGUGACCCGGAAGUGUCUGCGGACAGCGCUGGCUCCUGGCCUCUAGAGUGAGAUGAGCGCACAACCCUAGAGUCUGUCAAGACUGGCCUGUACGGGCAGGUGUACCUUUACCUUUACCUUUAAAGAUAGAGCAAAUUAAAGCAAUGUAAUACAGCAAUAUAGUACCUUUAGAAAAUAAAUUUCACAAAUGACAUAUAGCAUAAUAAUUACAUUGACAAAACAAUGAAUCAGUGUCUUCUUCCUGCCCUUCUAGUUGUAACCUAGAAUUUCUAAGUUUUGCAGAGUAUUAGCAUUUUGGAAUAAAGUUCAUGGUUACCCAGCCAGCGUUGUGAGCUAAGAUCUUGUGACCUUCAAAAGCAGAGUUAGAUAAACUGCAAGCAGAGAGAGAGGGGGGAUUCUUUAACUCAGCAUCUGGACUGUGAGGAUGGAAUUUCCCACUUUAUAUCAAUUUCAUUCCUCUGUCUUGGAGUAGGGAGAGGGAGUGAAACUGCAACCCUUGCCUCUUCAGCAGCUCUUCACUUAGGACAGGGAUGGGGAACCUGUGGCCUUCCAGAUGUUGGACUACAACUGCUGGGGCUGAUGGGAGUUGGAGCCCAAAACAUCUGAGGGGCCACAGGUUCCCCAUUCCUGGCGUAGGGCUUGUGCGCCAUGACACCUCCCAGCACUUGCUUUCCAAAACAGUUCAGUGUUCUGAUCCUACAUUUGUUUAGGCAUUGUGGUUCGUUGUCUUUAAGUUCCUUAACAUCUCAUUACACUGAUGGUAUGGUGUUUCCUUCUAAUCUUCCCAUCCAGGAUGCCGAGGUCUCCCAUAGACGGCAGAGAAACAUGGCAUAAAGUUCCAAGCCACCUUUGUAUAGUGUCAUAGAAGCAAAUUUUUCAUCCUUUUAGUGCAUUGUGGCUGCUCUCCUGUGUGCUUGACAUUGGUUCUGCUUGUGCAGCAGGGUCCUGAGUAACACAAUCUACAUGCAACACUGAGGCAAAAGCUAUGAAAUAGCCAUUAAAUUACUCCUGGGGAAACUACUGCCACCAGCCAUGUAGAAACAGCAGCAUUUGUCUUUUCAUGGCAGCAAUUGGGAAUUUGUGGCCUUCCAGAUAUUGCUCUCUCCCCUGACCAUUUGUCCAAUGGCUCUUGUGUCAGCUCACCACCUUCCCCAGAAAGCUCUCUUUAGGGGUUUUCCACUGGCUAAUGCGAAUUCUUCUGGUGCCACUUCUGCCUGCCCAUUUGGAAAAAAAGGUUUGGAUCGUUCUGCCAACAUGUUUCUGGGCUGUACCACUUUCAGACUGCAGGUGGCAUGUGCACAGUUGAAUGGUUUGCUGUAGAAAUAAAAUCCCUGCAAACAGGUUUGCUGUAAAAAAACAACAACAAACCCACAACCCUUCACAUAGAAAACGUAGACAUUUGACAAGGCCCAAACCCUUCUCCCUGCUACUUCUCUGUACAGUGGUACCUCGGGUUACAUACGCUUCAGGUUACAUACACUUCAGGUUACAGACUGCUAACCCAGAAAUAGUACCUCAGGUUAAGAACUUUUGCUUCAGGAUGAGAACAGAAAUCGUGCUCCGGCGGCGCGGCAGCAGCAGGAGGCCCCAUUAGCUAAAGUGGUGCUUCAGGUUAAGAACAGUUUCAGGUUAAGAACGGACCUCUGGAACAAAUUAAGUACUUAACCCGAGAUACCACUGUACAGUGGUACCUUGGUUUACAAAAUUAAUCCAUUCUGGAAGUCUGUUCUUUGGAUUUGCUGAGAUAAUUAAUAACUAGAAUACAAAAAAGGGAGGUGCGAGGAGGUCGAUGAAACAAGUUAAUGAAAGAUAAAGAUUUGGGAAUAUUGGAUUUGUUUUUAAAUUUUUUGUUUAUUUUUGUUUUUUGUUUUUGAUGUAUUGUGUGUUUUGUUUUUUUCUUUGACUUUGGUUUUUAUUGACUUGUAUUGUUCAAUUGCUAUUUUUGUCUACUUUUUUCUUUCUUUUUCUUUUUUUUCUUGUUUCUUCCUUUCUUUCUUUGUAAUUUUAAAUUCUCAAUAAAUAUCAUUUAAAAAAAAAAAAAGAAUGUCCUCAGCACAAGUUUUCUUCAUGGCUAUGCCUUGUUUUGUAGGCUGCAACAGAAAGAGAGGAUGCUGUGGAAGAUGCCCUCAAUCGUGCAGCUGCUCUACACCAGCAAGAUAUUGAAGCCCUUAAAGAGAAAGACGAAAAAGCAUUACAAGUCAGUAGUCGUUUUAUUUUUGUUUGCAACAUGUCAAGAGACAAUGCCUUGCAUUCAGAGUUGUGUGGGGACGGAUUCCUACCAAUUGACACCCCCAUGUCUGGACCCUCUACAGUAUGUCCUGCACCAUUCCCAAAGCCCCCCCCCCCCCCAGUUCUUGGGGAAGGGAGUAUGGGGCUGCAGAGGGAAGGGUGGAAGAGGCAGAAAAAGUCCCACUCCAUGAACUGAAAUCUCCUUUAUUUAUGAAUGGAAUGUUGGGUCCAAACCUACAUAAACAUGCAGAAGCUGCAUGUGGCACAAUCUCUCUUGUAACAAGUAGGUGGAGGGAGGGGAUUGUUCUUGAAAACUCCGCUGAAUUAACAACAAACAAACCACAAAUGAAAAUCUAGGGUGUCAAGGUAAAGAUUCAGCUGAAACCUCUCUGACAUGCAAGGAGGGUUUGUUUGUUUUUUAAGAUGGGAGCAGUGCUUUUUUUCAGGGAGGAUGCAGGGGUACGCAUACCCCUAAACAUUUUGUGAAUCUAAGUUUGGCCUCAUUGAGGGGCAGUAUUUCAAUAUGAGUAGGGAAAUGAGACUAUCCCUUAACAUUUUUUAGAAAAUAAAGUACUGGAUGGGAGAGUUCAAAACUGAUUCAUUACUGGCAUUUUGACAUCCUUUCUAGUCUGUGUCUCAUUCUAUUUCUACACAUAAGAGCUAGCAGUAAAACUUUAUUUUAGAACUACAUUUAUCUAUUUAUUUAAACUGUAAAAGGGUAUUUCAUUUUUCAUAAAUAUAUAAAACUUAAGCGUUCAGUGAGACAGUCACCAGAAAGAUAACCUCAGUAAGCUAUGUGGCUGAAGCAUUUGAACUUGCAUUUUCUACAUCCAAAGUGGUUUAUAAAGCGUGGUGCGUUCUUUCUAGGCUCGUCUUGUUUAAAACAGGGAUGAAGCAGCCUAAUUCCUCCCUUCCUAUUCUAAUUUGUUUUUCUAAUGCUGCUGCAGGAGGCUGUGAAGAACACAAGGAUAGAAAUGCUCCAUCACCUGGAACUGGAACUGAAAAGAGAAUCAGAAGCUGCUGAGCAGAGGAUGACACACAAACUUCAGCGACUCAUGCUGGAGCUCGCGAUGGAGAAGUCGAAAGCCGUUGCUGAAGCUAGACAAGAAGAGAGGAACAAAAUAUCUGGAAUGCUUGACAAGCAAAACAAGUACUUGGCUCAACAACCCCAUUUCAUAUUUUAAAGCAGGGAUGGAGAAACCACUGGACUACAUCACCCAUCAUCCCUGAUAGUUGACCAUGCUGGUUGGGGAUGAUGGGAUAAUGAGUUCAAUGCCACCUGGAGGGACUUGGGCUUCCCAUCCCUGUUGAAUAUAAGGGGAUGGGUUUAAGAGAGCUGCACCUGACCUUGUUUGCCUCCAGAUAUCUGCAAAUAGAGUACUUUCCACCACCAGUGUUCCUCCAACUGAUCUGCAGGAGCUGGAUGUGCACUGGGUGCUUUGGGAUUGGUUUGCUAAUGGGUCACUGAGAUAUUGCAAAUGGGACAUGGGCGGCAGUAAAUUGGAUUAAAUUGAUGGGUAUUUUGAUGCCAAUGGCAUUGUGUGGAUGUAGCUUGUGGUUAGUGAGGAGAGCAGUUAAGCACAAGCUGAGGUUCAGGUGACAUGCUAAAUCAACUCUUAGCUUUUUAAAAGAGCCUCUUUUAGGUUGGGCUCCUCCUGGAAGCCUGCAUGUUGAUACAGCCUUGGUAAGCCAUUGUUGGGCUUGCUGUGAUUUGCAAACAAGGCUGAUGUGAUCAGUGGAGUUAACUCCCUGUUAUGUGUGCUGUUGGAUAGUACCAGAUUUAAUAGAAUCUGAUAGUAAAGAUGGGCAGGGUGGGGGUUAGGUCUUCAGAAGUUUUGCUAUCUUGUUUCCACCUACAGAUUUAGUCCAGUUUAUUGGAAGGCAUUUUGCUUUGCUUCCAGCUGAAAGAAAUAUGCAGUUCACACAAGACUGGCUUUCAAAUUGCCAGUAAUGAAAAAUUAUGUUGAAGUUAUCAUAUGAUCUUUUCUCUCACCCCUCCAGGAGGUUUUUGGAACAAUUCAGGAAAGCUGGAGAGAUUGCCAACGAAAUUUAUCAGAAGAACCUGCAGCAGUUGUCUGUGGAGAAAAAAUAUGAAAUGGAAAUGGCCUUUAAAAUCUCCCAGAAAGAGUUUCAGGAAGAAACUGAGAAACUCAUCAAAAACGCAGAAAAUCUCCGUGAGGCUCAGUUGGAAGAGGUGUCACACGAGGUGAGCAGGAAAAAUGGCGAGAUCCUGACCCUUAGCCAGCAACUGGAAAGCAUGACAGACUGGAAAGAUAGCCUGGAAGCAGAAAUAUUAGAAACAAGAGAAGCAUUUCAGAAAUACAUUAACGUCACAUUUCCACAACUUGCACCAGGGCAAGCAGACUUUAUCUUACCAUUCAGAAAAGUAUCUCAGUUUGUUGACUCUGGUGUAGAAACGUAA